AUUGACUAGCUUAUACUUCCGGUUCGCAAAUGGCUUCGGCUUGUUGGUCGUGCUAGGAAAGCUGAAGUAGGGCCUACAUUUUCUCCACUCCGACAAACUGUAAAGUGCGUUUUAUCAGCCGACAUGGAAAUAUCAGAAGUCAUUCAGUGUCGAGAAAAGAGUCUUCAGGACUUGACUGAAUUUACAGAGAGCUGCCGAAAAAAGCUUAGCGAGAUAUUUGAAGCGUUAGGCUGGAGACAGACGCUUGACAUGGAUGCUGCGGAGGAACCUAUGGAGGUGUGUCCGUAUGACAGUAACCACCGAGUCCCCAGAAGAAGCCUGGAUAGACACACGGCGUCGUGUAAGCUCAGUAAGAUGGGCUACUCCAAAGAAGAGCAGGAGGUGAUGUACAACCCUUCAGCAUUUCACAGUAAAGCUAAAAUCCCCACCAUAAGCAUUGACAAAAACACCCAGCAACAGGUCAUUCUUCAAGCUAGAGCAAGUGCCCCGCCCAUCAGAAUGGAGGGAAUGUACAGCCAAAGUGAAUAUUCUGCAGACCCUCCUGAUGUCCCUCUGAACCACAAGAGGGCGAUGUGCGACCUCACUGUAGCCGACCGCCUGGCGCUCUAUGACCAUGUAAGAGCAAUGGCCAGCCAGCAGAGAGAUCCGACUUCAUCCACCAGCAACGACGACCUUUAUGUGGAUCUGGUGGCCAAGCUGCAGAAAGAUGAUGAGCAAAAUGGACCAAAGUCUCACCUGGAAGUUCUAGCUGAGAUGAGGGACUACAAGCGGCGUAGGCAGUCGUACCGGGCCAAGAAUGUCCACAUCACAAAAAAGUCCUACACCGAGGUAAUCCGUGAGGUGAUAGAGGUCCACUCGGGCGAGCUUGCUAGGGUGUGGCAGGAAGAAAUGGAGGAAGAGGAGGAGCCCAAGGGGUCCAGACCCCCUUCUCACAGGAGGAAGUCUGAAGACCAGCGGUCAGGUUCAGUCGAGUCAGGCCAGUCCCAUAGCAGCACCCGGGAAAGCCACAGCUCACAGCACAGGCAUCAGCGGAGCCAGAACCGCAGCCAGGAGCACAGCCAGGGCAAGGAGCAUAGUCAGGAAAGCAGCCAGGGCAGGGAGCGUAGUCAAGAACGCAGCCGAGGAAGGGAGCGCAACCGGGAACGCAGCCGGGAACACAGCUGGGAAAGGGAUCGUAGUCAAGAACGCAGCCGUGGCAGGGAGCCUAGUCAAGAACGCAGCCGUGGCAGGGAUCGUAGUCAAGAAUGCAGCCGUGGCAGGGAGCCUAGUCAAGAACGCAGCCGUGGCAGGGAGCCUAGUCAAGAACGCAGCCGUGGCAGGGAGCCUAGUCAAGAACGCAGCCGUGGCAGGGAGCCUAGUCAAGAACGCAGCCGUGGCAGGGAUCGUAGUCAAGAACGCAGCCGUGGCAGGGAUCGUAGUCAAGAACGCAGCCGUGGCAGGGAUCGUAGUCAAGAACGCAGCCGUGGCAGGGAUCGUAGUCAAGAACGCAGCCAGGAACGCAGCCGGGACAGGGAUCAUAGUCAAGAACGCAACCGGGGCAAGGAGUGUAGCCAAGAACGCAACCGGGGCAAGGAGUGUAGCCAAGAACGCAGUCGGGACAGAGAACGUAGCCGGGAGAGGCAACGGAAGAGAGGGCGCAUCCGGGAGAGACCCCACAGCCGGGACAGGGACAGCAAGAAGAAAAGGGAGUCUCGCUCUGCUGACAAGAGGCAGAGAAGCAAGAAGAGCAGGAAGUGAGGUGUCUUUCUGAGGUGUCUUCUGCAUUCAUGAGGUGUACCCCUGCACAUAUCCCAACCAAUAAACACGUGCUUCCUGGAAUGACCCAGAUGUGGUCCCAACUCUGAUCUCAUAUCUCAGCCAGGUUGGGAAAUGUUCCACCAUUGACUACUUACUCCAGGGAGAAGAAAAGCAUUGGGAUACAGAAGAAGCCAAGUCUACUCGCGAAAUUGGACUUUUGUUUCCUUUCUUAAUUUUUUUUAUUUGAGUUUUGGAUGGUUCUACAGAUAUGGAAAAAUGUUCAAAUAAAGGUCCUAAUUUGUCAAUUGUCUCUCUGUAUAGUCACAGUAAGGCCUAAAGAAUGGGGAUUGUAAUGUUUUUAUUCAGUGUGGCUCAACUAGGCUUGGUAUCGAAUUCUUCAUAGGCAUACGGUAUUUUGACAGUAUUUCCAAAAGCAAUGCUGUUCUCAUGUUGAGAAAUCUUGCCAAUUAAAAUUCCCCCCUUUUGGGGGAGUCCCUCGCAGUAAAAUGACCAAGCAUAACCCUUAUUUCUGAUAUCACAUCUUGGGAAUUCUGGGAGUAAAACUGUAAAAAAAAAAAAAAAAUUUUUUUUAAAAUACAAGCUGUUACGGAAGUUUCAGUUCUGUUUGCAGUCAUUAAUUUGAAUAAAAAGUCUCAGACGACGUUACUUUGUAUCUCAGUUUGAGUUCUAAUUGGGGGAUUCUGUCACAAAGUGGCUGGUCUCUAAAUGUCCUCAUAUCUUGUGACCCUACUGUCCCAUGUCAUGACCUUUUUCCACACUCUAAGCUCUAUGUAGAAUGUCUGCUACAAGUGUUACAAUUGGUGCAUUGGUCAAAGAUCAUCUUUGAUUACAUGUUCAUUUUUUAAAAUAAAGUAACUAUUGUCUGA